UUUGAUAUUGUUAAAUAAUGGUUGAUCGAAAAUGGCAAGUCUAACUUUAGACAGUACAUUAGUAUGCUAUGUUGCGUCACUGUGACGAUAAUACGGCACGAAUGAGGAAGCGCUCAUUUUGAGGUUGCUUAUUCUUAGGUGUGUGUCAAAAUGUUGACGCGUUGCACACACACCGGUCGCGGAGGUUUGAUGGUCUGAUAGCGGACAGCAAACUCCACCCAACAUACACUUACAAAUACAUGCACGCGCACAAACACGCGCGCGCCGAGACGAGAACCUGUGGAAGCGUGCUCCGCAAAAUACGUGCUGCUCGCACGGCGUCGCGUGGAGAAAAGUUGUGCGGGUCAAAGUCCGGCAGCUCGGGUGCAAGCAAGACGUGUGCCGAAGACAUGGUCCAAACAUGGCCGUAGUCUUAACGAGCGUGCAGGAGAGUGGAUUUGUGGAGGUUCUCGUGCGGGCUCGCUGGCACAAAGUUUGGGCGCACUUAAACGAGGAGGCGCUCACGUUGAGCUGCGAGGACGACGGCGUCAACUCCAACGGAGUUGUCACCAAUGGAUCCUACCUUGACAACAACAAUUCCAACAAUGGUCCGAGGCUGCCGGACCUGCCCGAACCGGUGCCGGAGACCAUCGCCAACAGGAAACGGUGCGUCAAGGUGACCAAGCAGGACGUCGGUGGACUGGGGAUCAGCAUUAAAGGCGGCCGGGAGAAUAAGAUGCCCAUCCUGAUCAGUAAGAUCUUCAAGGGGUUGGCUGCGGACCAGACGCAAGCGCUGUACGUCGGGGACGCCAUCCUGUCCGUCAACGGGUUCAACCUGAGGGACGCGAGCCACGACGAGGCGGUGAAGGCGCUCAAACGGGCUGGCAAGGACGUGACUCUGGAAGUCAAGUACAUGCGAGAGGCCACGCCGUAUGUCAAAAAGGGCUCACCUGUGUCUGAGAUCGGAUGGGAAACCCCUCCACCUGAGUCGCCGCGUUUCGGCAGCACUCCCAUCACCACCUCUCCUUCCUCCCCGGAAACUCCUCCUCAUCCUCAGCCUUCCUUGUCCCUGCAAGGCGAUAGGAGAUGCAUUCCACUUAAAAUGUGUUACGUAACCCGAGCCAUGACCACAGCAGAUCCAGACAACAGACAAGUGGAGCUGCACUCCCCUGACGCCAGACACACUGUGGUACUGCGCUGUCCAGACCAGCCGUCUGCCCUUACUUGGUUCUCCACAAUGCAUGCUGUCACAUCAACACUGACUCAGCAAGCACUAGCCGAGGUGAUUCAUCACACAACCAGGUCAGGGGUUGCUGGCAGCAAAGAGAUCCGACACCUGGGAUGGCUGGCAGGGAAGCAAAGUGAGAGUGAGAAGCAGUGCUGGAAACCUGUGCUGGUGGUGGUGACGGACAAAGACCUGCUGCUCUAUGACAGCCUGCCACGGAGCAAGGAAGCCUGGCAGAGUCCAGCACACACGUAUCCUCUACUAGCUACGCGUCUGGUGCACUCUGGGCCUGACACGGGGUCCACUUACUCGGGCACCGAGCUCUUCUUUGCCACUCGAACCGGCACUCGCCUUGGAAUCGAGACUCAUCUUUUCCGAGCUGAAACCAGCAAGGAUUUAUCCCUGUGGACUCGACAAAUAGUCAACGGCUGUCACGCAUCAGCCGAGAUGAUCAAAGAAGUCAGUACCAGUUGUCUUUACCUGGGUCAGGAGUCCCGGCUGGUGAUCCACUACGAGCAAGGUUUCUCCGUGUUGGCUGAACCCAAAGUCCAAGACGUCGAGAACGGGAACAACGGACGACGCCAUAGUCCAACCAAAAUCCGAGUGCUCCUGUCCUACCCUUUCGAAAAACUGAGGAUGUCAUCAGACGAUGGAGUUCGAAUGCUGUUCCUGGACUUUGGAGGAAAGGAAGGGGAAAUUCAACUGGACCUCCACUCGUGCCCCAAGCCAAUCGUCUUUAUCGUCCACUCCUUCCUCUCUGCUAAGAUCUCCAGGCUGGGCUUAGUGGCCUGAUGGCAACCCCCGGGUGGAUUUCUGUUGCUAUGGCCACAUCUCUGCAGACCACGUGCAGGAGAUAGACAACAUUCAGACCAAGACCCAAGCUGAGGGAAUGUAGCCUCUCUUUGGUCCACGAAACAAUGAAGAAGCAGGUUGAGAUAUCGUGCUUGUUUGUCAAAGAGCUGGAAACUGACAUCAGUGAACAAAAUGUACUCGGAGCAGAUGGACGGAUACGAUGAACGUGAAAAACGAUUGGGCAUUACUGACACAUUCACUCAUUUUAUUUCAGUUACUAUAGAAGUAGUAAGUUGAUUUUAUUUAGCAAUUAUAUUUAAUUUAUUCAUGAUAUCUGUGAAAACAUUCUGAAUUUCACUCUGUUUACUUUUUCUCCUGUUAGCAAUAUAAACAGUUUUAAUCAACUAUACAAUCCACAGAAAAAAUGAUUUGGUUUUUGGGUGAACGCUAACGAUAAACCUAUAUUUCACUUGCAGGUUAAAUUAAUUCGACCUGAAUUUUUGAAGGCACAUGUCCAACUGUUCGAUGGUUCAAUACCUUUUGCACAAGUUCCUGUUCUCUAGUUAAGAAGCUAAACGGCAAACUUCUCAAUGGAUGUUUGAUCCACAUCCUCCUUUGACACUUCCAGUCUCUCGGCAUUACUGUUGCAACAAGAUGAUGACACCCUGUGACACUCAAAGCUCAGCGCUGAUCAAUUGUGAGGUGUCGUCUUGGUGUUAUGAAGUUCAAAUGUGAGCAGCAUCUUUAAAUAGCAUUUCUAUUUCAAGCAAGAAAUGUAUUGUGUAAUCUGCCGCGUUCAGGCAUUCGGUAAAUCCAGACGGGAGACGAUCUGUCGUUCUACGUUCAUUUUUCUGGCAUCCAUCAACAUGCGUACAAACUUCUUUCAUGUACUUCCUACUUCCUGUCUGUUCGUCUCCUUUAUAUAUUUAUUGUAUCGUUCAACUCCUUGUUAGAGAACAGUAAGUUAUGCUACCAAAUACCGAAACGUUGAACAUUUGGACAGUUUUAAAUUUUAUCGCUCAAAUAAAGUCAACUUGUAAUAUUUAUAGUGCAUUUUAGAAUCAUCCUGAAAUUUUACCUGAAAGCCAAAUAUCCUUAUGGUUUUGUGAGUAUUAUAUUUUCCCAGAAUAGAAAACUCAACCAACUCAAAAUACAUGACAGUAUUGCUUGAGAACUUUGCAUUCAAAAACCAACUGUGCUAUUAGUGUUGAAAGUCAACUUAUAUUUUUGCAACUCCGGUGAAUGAAAAAAGUAGCUACGCUAAAGAACUAUGUAGGAUAUGACCACAUUCCUCUACCGGUCAUAAAUUUCAGCUGUUCUUAAAAUAUUAGUUUUGCAGCUUGGGAUCAUUAAAUAUAAAUUAAUGAAUUAUAUCUAUUAAUUUCAAAUCCGAAAAACAUGACGGUAGUCUUUAUCAGCCCUCUGACCAUUUCUUUUCCUUCUAGUGAUUGCCAUCAUCACAUGUAAGACAAUACUGUACGUGUAACUGAGUGCUCUAAUGUAACAAAAUCCACCACCAAAUGAUCAGCCUAUGUGGAACAUCCAAAGUCAAACGUACAAUGAGGAGUAAAGUAUCGUUAGGUCUUUUGCAAUGAGGCAAUCAAGCAUUAAAGCAAAAACACUGCAGCCACGUCGUUCUUGUGCCUUGGAAAUUGAUCGUUUUUGCGAGGAAUACCUCACAGGUUGAACGCGGAGCAACAUUGUGUCUUGAGGACAUUUGCCACAUUAGCAGUAGUCAUCUGAUAUAUUGAGUUUCACAUGCUUUGUUCCCUUUUUUUGUGCACCAUGAACAAUGAUUUCGCAACAUGUUUUUGUGUCUUGCUCAAUUGAUCGUUGCAAUUAUGAAGGCGCAGCAACAAUUGUAGAAAGACGACAAAUGCCACAAUCACAAGAAAAGUACAGCGUGAGAGGUUUUACGCUGCUUCAGAAUAAUGCCUUCAUUCGUCAUUCGGAAUAACAAACCAAUGUUUUUAACUCAAUGGAUGCACAUAAAUGAUGUAUUUCAAAUGGAUUACGUUUGUUUUUUUAUUGUCCUGCCUGUCUCUUCUGUGAUUAUUGCAGAUCUGUCAGCACAAUUAUGCAACUGAACACUUUGAGCUUGUUUGGCUGUAACCCAUGAAGGACAGAUAUUUAGUCAAUGGUCAUACAAUACUAUCGUACUGAAAGAUUAUUCUAAUG